CUUUGGCCCUCGCGGCUUCUUUAAAGGCGACGGCCAAAAGGGGCCGCUUUCAGAUGCCAAGAUGUCGGCGCUGCAGCGUGUGCAAGCUGCUUUGAAGGAUGACCAGCAGCGUGUGCAGCAAAGGCAAUGCGAGGCCGACGUGCUCGAUAAGCACUUUCGGCAAACGGUGGCGAAGAUCAUAACGGUCAAUAGGUCUCUCAAGGCGGGCAUUCGCCGCAGCACCCUGCGGGACCAGAAGGAUGCCUUGAAGUUCAGACCAGCGAUGGACGAGGAGCACAAGCGCUUGCAGAGCAAGGUGCUGAGCAAUCGCCAUCUCAUGGCCCAAUCUUCGCGAUCCAUACGCUCCAUCCACGAGUUCAUCCUCGAGGCUUGCGACGACACCUUGGAGAGCCUGGAUCAGGCCGGGCUGCUGGAGCGGGUGGCCAAGGCCCUGCACGAGGCCAAACUCCACACCGCCCACCUCUGCUGGCAUGAGAUCGUGGAGCCGCUGCGCGCCCACCAGAAGCGACUCCAAGCAGGACAGGAGGCAAUGCGGAGCCAACUCACACAGCUUCGGACGGCGUACCUCAAGGAGGUGUCGGAGCUGCGGGACCUGGCCCGACCAGGGCGCCACGGGCCUCAUGAGCUGGACCGGGUCUGCUACUUCUAUGAGCCUCUGAACUCCUUGGAGCCUCCGGAGCGGGAGUUCAUGAUCAACCUCACCCGUGAGGUUUUGAAGAUGAUGAUGGACUCUGACGGGUCCAUGCACUUCGCCCAGAUACAGCGCAUCGUGUCGCAGGAGCAUGAGAAGGAAGUGUCCCACCUCCAACAGGAGAUCGAGAAGCGGGAGGAGAAGAUCCGGGAGCUUGGAGAGGCGCAUCGCUCUAUGGAGAUGCAAAUCAGCCGACACAAGCCCAAGAACGAGCUGGACCUCGCGGAGCAGCUGGAGAAGCUGCUGGCGGUGGCACAGGAGCAGCUUUCGAAUGUGCGCCACGACUACUACAGGUUGCAGCAGGAGGAGCAGCGGCUCCGGGAGGAGCUCCGAAGCUCCGAGUGCGAGCGCGCGGAGCUGGCGAAGCAGAUAGAGCAGGAGAUGGCGGAGGGUGUCAUCCUACAGAGCGAGGUCACCCGCCUUUGCAGUGUGGAGGAGGAGCAGAAGUCGGUGCUGCGGCUUCUGGCCAAAGAAAGGGACGAGCUCAAGGACUUGGUCCAAGAGCAGCAGACCAGGUACGGGUCCCUGCAGAAGAGCGUUCAGCGCCGGAUCUCUCGAGAGAUUCAACCCAUGGAGUUCAGCGACGACGCGUACGCCGCCCUCCAGCAGGACAUGCAGCGGGCGUCUCAGGUCCAGCGCGAAGGCACGGAGGACCAGCUGGACGACACAGACGAAUCCGAGGCGGAGGCCGGGAAGGAGAGCCAGAAGGCGAUGGAGCUGCCAGAUGCGGCCUUGGAGGCAGCCAAGAAAGAGAACGCCGCCUGGAUGAAGGAGCAUCUCAGGGCGCGGUGCGACCAGUUGGAAGGCUUGCUCCGGGAGCAUGCGAUUCAGCUCACCACCCUGCCCAUGCAGCAGGACCAGGAGGCCGCCUUGCCGCUGCUGCGCCAGGCUGAAGCCUUGGACUGCGCCUUGUUGACGUCCCCGAAGAUGCGCGCGGCGCAGGCUUUGGACUGCGCUGAAUCGCCGAAGCGGGCACUGCUCACGCAGGUCCGUGUGUGCAAUUGCGGCAACAUCCUCAUGGAGGAUGCCCUGUUUUGCCGCAAGUGCGGCGGGAGAUGGCGAGGCACCGAGGCCAAGGCGGAGCUGGCAGGAGACAUCACCGAGCUCCAGGACCAAAUCCUGCAGGCCGAGAAGGUGCUCAGAGACUCGGUGGAGCCGAAGCUGCCGGUCGCCGCGGAGCGCAUGUCCACCGCGUCCUUCAUAUUGCGCCCAAACGGGGGCUGGACGGACACAGGCUCCAAUGAGGAUGAGAUGGAGCUAGAGCAGAGCAUCAAGCUCAUGCAGUUGAGGAAGAACGUGGAGGAGCUGAAGUCCCAGAAGCUGCAGGCGGAAGCGAGGCUACUGACGCAGCGCUGUGGGGACCUGGCAACAGCGGAGGUGAUGGAUUUGACUCCGUCGGAGACGGACGAGGAGAUCUUUGGAUCGGAGCGCCCGGAAACCGUGCCGCUCUACGGCUGCGAUGGGGUGAACUGCGAGUACCGGCGGCGGCUAAAGGCGCAGGGGGCGCUGAUUGCGGCGCUGCGGGGGCUCUGCAGCCAGUUGGGCGAGAAGCUGCAGGAGGCCACAGGGGAGCACCUGGAGAUGUCGCUGGCGCUGAGCGCCAUGCAGGGCUCCCUGGAGGGUGCAGUGGAGGCGGUGGAGAGCUGUAAGAAGCAGCCCAAGGAGGACCUGAAUCGCACACUCACCCAGCUGAGCGCGUCCUUGCAAGAGUCCAAGCGCCGCUCGGUGUUCUGGCGCCUCUACCAGAACUCCUCGCGCAGGCGGCGGCCCGGUGCAGACAAGCGCCUCGAGCUGCUGAAGAAGACCUAUGAGCAUUUGUACAAGAUUGACGCGGUUUCUGGCCGAGAUGCCAACCCGCAAUCUCCAUCCAGGACACCCUCCAAGAAGCUCCCCGCUUCCAUGGCUGAGAAGCGAGCGGUGCUGCCGGUCAUCGCAAAGCCUCCGUGCAAAGCGUCCUCGCCGAGGAAUUCCACGUCCGCAACGCCCAGGAACUCCAUUCAGGUGGUGAACCUGGUCGUGCAGGGGGCGGAAAUUCCGAUCCCGACUUCGGCUCCUCCGGUCUCGGUGCCUUCCAAAUCCAAGCGGAGGAUAGCCAGGUAGCUGCGCCGCCUGAGCGCGGCCCAUCAUUUUUGGGACUGGGGGGCUCUCAAGAGCCUCCAGCGUCCAAGGAGACAUUCUGUGAAUCCAGGA